AUGCUGGUAAGGAUCGUAGCAGCCUUAUUAGCACUCAUCAUCACUACAAUGGGCAAGCGCCUUGAUGUCGUUGACCCACAGAUCAUUGGGCUCCGAAACUCGGUCCUGGCUCUACCUGAACGGUACCACUACUAUAUCGACGAAAACGACCAGCUUACCUUUGUGCCAGUAGAAGCUAGGCCAACAGACGUACAAGGGAAAGACCGCGCUAUCCUGGACCUCUUUAUUGAACAUAAGGUCUCAGCUUCAGUCUCGAUCACUGGACACGGCGAGCAUGAUACCACUUUUGAUAAGUCACAUCCGGUAGACGAUCUUGGGAUCCACGGUGAAAAGGUUUAUAUUUGCACCUCACCCCCCUCGACACCUAAAACUUCGGGGCUCAGAGGUGGCUCACGGGUAACUCGACGAUCCUCCGAUGCCAUAUUCAGCACAUUGUUGUUCGAAGAUACGUCUACCUGCAGUGGGAGUAACGAAUUGGAACAUGACUAUGCAGACGGCAACUGCAGAAACGCUAUCAUCAACAAGCCUUUCAAAAGUGUAAGCGCUCAGGAAACGACAAACAGAUUUGGUUUCACCUUUACACAGUGGCCACACCACAAUUGUCAGAAAGGUGACUCGCACGAUUUCAUUGUUGCUCCCGGUGGGUAUGUCUGUGCCGGGUAUCCGACAUAUUCCUACACCGGGCAUUAA